CAACUGCCAUGUUUCGGUUAUUCAGUUGCUCUCUCUCCCUCUUUAUCUUCUUCCUCAACUUCCCGCCAUGUUUACCUACUAGAACAGCCACCAAAAACACUGGAAUCUCUGAGAUUAUUGCAGCGCCGAGAUGUGGCGCACCACCACCGGACAUGAACUCAAGUACCAGCUGCUUGCAUGGCAUGAAACAUUACGUGUAUUUCCCCGGAAAACCUCGGUGGGUGCCACGCACGAUACCCAUGAAACUCACCUACGCUUUCUCUCCAGAGAACAUGAUUAGUUACUUGAGCUCGUCCGAUAUCCGAGACGCAUUUAAACGUUCUUUUGAUCGUUGGGGGUCGGUUAUUCCGGUGAGCUUCUCUGAGACGGAAGACUACGGCUUCUCGGAUAUCAAAAUAGGGUUUUACGCCGGGGAUCACGGUGACGGAGAGCCUUUCGACGGCGUGCUUGGUAUUUUAGCUCACUCGUUUUCGCCGGAGACAGGGAGGCUCCACCUUGAUGUGGCGGAGACUUGGGCGGUGGACUUUAGGUUGGAGAAAUCUCCGGUGGCUGUCGAUUUGGAGUCGGUGGCGACUCAUGAGAUCGGGCAUUUGCUAGGGUUAGGGCAUAGUACGGUGAAAGAGGCUGUGAUGUACCCGAAUUUGAGGCCUAGAGAAAAGAAGGUUGAUUUACAGGUUGAUGAUGUUGAAGGAGUUCAAGCUUUGUAUGGAUCGAACCCCAAUUAUACAGGUGGUGCUUUAUCAGAGUUAGAAUACAGUACUUCAACAAAUCAGGGCGUUGAUUUCCGGAGUAGACCAUCAAGAUGGGCAAACUUCGUCGUUGUUUUGGCUAUCUGGUUGUGCUAUUACUUUUAG